AUGGCGGACAAGGUCAUCAACCUGGAAUACCGCGGCCGCGUUGCCCUUCUUACCAUUGACAACCAGAGCAAGCUCAAUGCCCUCACGCAGCAGGAUUACUUUCAGCUUGCCCAGUAUCUGCAUGAGAUUGAAAAGCACGAUGAAGUCUUUGUGACGGUCAUUAUGGGCAAGGGCCGCUACUUUUCCGCCGGCGCCGACGUCAGCAUCAGCAGAGCCAGCCCGACGGAGCCCAAGGAUGCUUACCUGCACUGGCUGCAAAACUUUUCCGCUUUCAACCUCAACACCACGCUCGCCUUUUCCGAGCACCCCAAAAUCCUCGUCUUUGGCCUCAACGGCCCCGCCGUCGGCCUGUCGGCCGCCCUCGUCGGCCACGCCGACUUUGUCUACUGCACGCCCAAGACGUUUCUCCUCACACCCUUUUCGUCGCUCGGCCUCGUCGCCGAGGGCGGGUCCUCGCGCGCGCUCGCCCUCCGUCUGGGACCGGGCCGCGCGGCCGAGGCCCUCAUCGCGAGCCGCCGCAUCAACGCCGAUGCGCUCGAGCGCUGCGGCUUUGUGAAUGCCGUGUUUGACGAGCCCGACUGGCAAGGGUUUCACGCGCGCGUGCUGCAAGAGGUGGAUGAGACCAUGGGCGACCACCUCAACGGCGAGAGCAUGACGGGCAUCAAGAGCCUGCUCAAGGCGCCGGAGCGUGGCAUCAUAGAGUCGCAAAACUCAAAGGAGGUCAUGGCUGGCUUGCACCGGUUCGUUAGGGGCUUGCCGCAGGAAGAGUUUCGGAAGCUGGCUGCGGGAGAGAAGCGGCAUAAGCUGUAG